AUGCACCAACAGUUCGAGCUUGAGGAUCAUCAGCUCGAGGCACAGGGAUACUCGCCCGCAAUGCCGAGGCGCUUCUCGCUGCAAUCUCUCUUAUCACUGAGCUUCGCGCUGACUGCAACUUGGAAUGGCUUUGGCAGUGCCAUUGGAAUAAGCUUGGCCGAGUCUUCCUCGUCGGGCACCCUUUGGACGCUUGUCGUUGCGGCACUCAUGAAUCUCAUCGUGUCUCUUGGCAUGGCAGAGCUUGCCUCGGCGUAUCCUAACUCUGGGGCUCAGUAUUAUUGGUCCUAUCAAGUGUCGAGCCAGCAGUGGGCGCCAUUUGCAUCAUACAUGUCUGCCUGUAUCAGUACCUGCGGCUGGUGGUUGGGCCUGGCGAGUGUCUGCAACUUUGUUGCUGCCAUGGUUCUUGCUAUUGUGCAGUUGUAUGUCGAAGACUACGUCAUACAGACUCGGGAGCAACUGUUCUGCUAUGUCAUGAUUGUCUGGUUGGCUGUGCUGCUCAACAUCUUUGCUAUGGAUUACCUUCCAGCACUGAACCAGUACCUGUUGUACUUCUCAGUGUCGACGCUCUUGGCCACUGUUUUCAUCAUUCUGGUUGCCGCCUUUCCAAAUUAUCGAUCCAGUGAAUGGGUCUUUACAGAUACAACAAACUUGAAUGAUUCAUACAAUAAAGGCUUUCUUCUGAUCCUAUGCCUGCUAAACAAUACGUACGGCUUCAUGGGUACUGACGCGGGGGCACAUCUGGCCGAAGAGAUUCCCGCACCAUCGGUCAACGUACCCAAGGUCAUUGUGUAUCCCAUCAUCAUUGGGCUGUUGACAGCGUGGCCGUUUGCAGUUGCGUGCAUGUAUGUUAUUACUGAUGUGGAGAGAGUUGCCAAUCCGCCAAGUGGAAUCGCCUUGAUUGAGAUUUAUUAUCAAGCCACAGCAAGCAAAUUCCUCACGGCUCUGCUACUUGCUGCAUUUGCACUCUGCCUCUUUGGGUGCGCCGUGGCCAAUAUCACGGGGUCGAGUCGCCAAAUAUGGGCUGCAUCGCGGGACAACUGCUACCCUUGGUCAGUGGGGCUUUCACAAAUCCACCGCAAGUAUCAAAUGCCCCGAAAUGCGGCAUGCCUGACUGGAGCCUUUACUACGCUUUAUGGAUUGAUUUUCCUCGGAUCGAGCACUGCUUUUGCUUCCAUGGUUAGCGCCAACAUCGUCUUCAUGAUGACUUCAUAUGUCGUUCCGCAGGGCAUAGUGGCUUGGCGUGGUCGUUCCCGCGUCCUUCCUGCACGGCACUUUGAGCUCGGGAACUGGGGUCUUGUCAUCAACAUCACAAGCUGUGUAUGGGUGAUAUUCCUAGACAUCGUGGCUUGCUUCCCAAUCAAUCGGCCUGUUACUGCUGCCAACAUGAAUUACGUCGGGUAA